UGCAGAAAAAUACAACAUACCAACGAGUUGUGAGUGAGAAACUUAGCGCCCAGAUAAUAAUCUACAAAGAAGACGUCGCUUUGUAAAUGUGAAAAUGAUUUGGAUCUACAUGAUCAUCUCAUCUCUGGCAACGGCAGCUCUUUCAAAAGGUUGUGUAGAAUGCAACUUAACUAAACCUACUAUAACAACCAAACAGUGUUUUGGAAAACUUGGAGAGCCGCUGAUGUUUCACCUACCAACUUCAACUAAAAAAUUUACUUUGAAAAAGAAUAGCGAUAUAAUUUUUAGUUUAAUGAAAAAUACAGACCUAACAGACACCAAUAGUGAAAAGGACAAAAGAAUGACGUUUUUCAACAAUGGAACAUUUAAGCUCAACAAGGCAUCAAAGGAAGAUUCUGGAGAUUACCUGCUGGAAACAUUUGAUUCCACCAAUGGCCUAUCUGUCCAUAUAAUCCACAUCCAUGUAGAAAUACAAGCUCCUGUGUCUAAACCAGCUGUGUCUCAGACAUGUUUGUCGGCAGAACAGAUGAUGGUCAGCUGCUCCUCUGAGGGAGAUGGAGCAGAGAUCAUUUUAUCUUUGGACAAUAACUUAUUGAAUCACAGCGGAGCUGUAGAAAAACACAAUAUUACCGUAAGUUUAAACGGUCAGAUGACAGGAAACCUGAAGUGUGAUGUUCAAAACAACGUCAGCAGAGAACAAACAGUCAUCCAGCUCACAAGAUGUUCAGGUAACAUCUCUUCUCAUCUCUCUCCUUUGACUGUGGCUCUGAUAUCAAGUGUGGCCACUCUACUUCCCCUUUUGGCUGUGAUUCUUGGAAUCAAACGUUUCAACAAUACAACAAGCAACAAGACACCAAGAAACAAGACAACAAGCCCUGUGACCGUUAGUAAAGAUGACGUUGAAGAUGAGAUAAUCUACUCAGAUCUUAAAGUGAUGACGGCUGCAAGAUACACAAGAUGCAACUGACUUUAAAAUCCUACUUCAUUUUCUCCUGAAACAUCUUUUCUGACCAUUAUGAGUCACCUUGUUUGUUCACCUUUGUUAAAUGUACACCCAUCAGGGAUAACAUUAUGACCACCUUACUAAUAUUGUGUAGAUCUCCCUUGUGCCUCCAAACCAGUUGUGACUCAUCAGAGAAUGGACAUUAAAAAAAGUCUCACUGGUCCUUUCAUGUGACCUAGAUAUGAAUACAAACUGAACAUUAUUACUGUGUUUACAGGUGAAGGUGGUCUCUAGAUUAAGAAGAGUCAAACAUUAACCUUAGGCUCAUACUUUAAAAUGUUCUUUCAUUGGUCUUCAUUCAUUGUUGUAACCUUAAAACACACAUGAAUUACAACAAAGUUUUACAGAGAUGAUAAAUCAUGUGACAUCAAUGUGUACCUAUGUAAAGUAGAUCAGAGGUCAACUAGAAAGUGAUGCUACAUUUCACAUUAGAACACAUUAAAUCUACUACAGUUACACAGCAUCCACCCACAAUGCAUCACUGCUAAUUCUUAAUGUCUUAAAGCUCAGGUCCACUGUUCAUGCAGUAUAUAUACACUUUUAGUAUUAGGUCUUUGUGCACAGGUAGUGGCUAGCAAAUAACCACUUCCUUGAUUCAUCUAAAAAACAAGACAACAAACAGAAAACACAAACUCACACCUGCUGCUCAGAAAUUCCGUUGUCUUCAAAAGCUGAAAGACGACAACCACAGUUCAUAUGCAUAUGAGUGCCGACUAAAACCACAUAUUUGAAAGGGCCUUUGUGAAACCAGGGACUUUUAAACUGUACCUCCACUAUACAGCAUGAAGUUAAUAUGAGGUUUUAAUGUCAAUUUAUUUUCAUGGUUGUAUAAAUAACUUCUUACAUCUGUAUAAUCACUAUAUAUUGCAGUAAAGUUGAUAUACAGAGCAAAUUUGUUGAUGCAUAAUUGAGCAGCAUUUUAUUCAACUCACUGUCAAAUAGUGUAUUAUGGUGUUGUACAAUUUUGACUUUAACCUCCCAGUAACAUAUUUAGUUAUAUUUCAUUUUAUCAUUAAUGUUUUCAUAUUUUCAUGAUGUGUGUUGUGAUUUAAUUAGUAAAUAACUCAUAUUUAGCAUAAAUUAUAUACAUGCAUUUUUGUACAUGAUAUGCUGGAGAACGUGUAGACUUGUUUUUACUUUUACAAGUAUGUAAAUAUUUAGUCCAUAUUCAGGAAAAAAACAUGAACAUGAAACUGCAAAAUCUACUUAAACAUUGAUUUGGUCUAAAAUAAGUUAUUUAACUCAUUUGUUUGUUUUUCCAGCAAUGUUGGCAAAGUUUUGAAAUGAUGUGUAAUUUAUUGUAAGAUUUGUAAUGAAAUAAAGUUUAAUAAAGAAUUUGGUACAUAA